AACCGGCGUCCUCGGACCAAUCACAACAGAGGAGGGGCGUGGCCAAGAAACGUGGGGAGAGAAGAUGGCGGACGGCGGCGCGGCGAAGCGGCCCAAAGGCGUGCAGGUUGAGGACAGGAAGGUGAACUGGCGGCGCUGGAAGCAGGAGAGGAAAGCAGAGAAGAAGAAAUGGAAGGAGCUGAACCUGCUAAAGAAGCUGGAAAAGCAGUGGGUGCGGGAGAUGGCCGAGAAAGAGGCGGAGGAGAAGAAGGAGGAGCAGCAGGAGGACAAAGGGCGGCACUACACGCUGAGCGUGGCCCUGCCGGGCUCCAUCCUGAACAACGCGCAGUCGCUGGAGCUGCGGACGUACCUGGCCGGGCAGAUCGCUCGAGCGUGUGCCAUCUUCUGCGUGGAUGAGAUCGUGGUGUUCGACGAGUACGGAGAAGAUGCAAAGAGCGUGGAAGGAGAAUUUGAAGGAAUUGGGAAGAGAGGCAAGGCCUGUGUGCAGCUGGCUCGGAUCCUGCAGUACUUGGAGUGCCCUCAGUACUUGAGGAAAUCGUUUUUUCCAAAACAUGGGGAUCUGCAGUUUGCAGGGCUCCUCAACCCACUGGACAGCCCUCACCACAUGCGGGUGGAUGAGGAUUCAGAGUACCGAGAAGGUGUGGUGUUAGACCGGCCAAGUAAGCCAGGCAGAGGCUCAUUUGUCAACUGUGGGAUGAAGAAGGAGGUGCAGAUCGACAAACAGCUGAAGCCUGGUCUGCGUGUCACUGUGCGCCUGCAGGAACCACAGAAUCCAGAAACUAAAGUGCGGAAGGGCACCGUGGUGUCCUCACACCACCCUCGGACGGUGUCAGGCUUGUACUGGGGUUACAGCGUCCGCCUCGCCUCCUGCCUGAGCGCUGUCUUUUCAGAAUGUCCAUUCAAGGAAGGCUAUGAUCUCUCUAUUGGGACCUCAGAGCGGGGUAGCUCCGUGGACCGGGUCACCCUCCCCUCCUUUAGGCACAUCCUUGUCGUAUUUGGAGGCCUUCAGGGCUUGGAAGCUGGGGUCGAUGCAGACCCAAACCUGGAGGUCACUGAUCCAAGCGUCUUGUUUGACUUCUACGUGAACACUUGUCCCAGCCAAGGCAGCCGAACCAUCCGAACGGAGGAAGCGUUGCUGAUCUCUCUGUCAGCACUGAGACCUCACAUUGAUGAGGCUGUGAAGACUCCUACUGACAGCUGAGGGAAGGAAAACAGAUGAUCUCUCUUGUCCUCUGCUUUGGACUGCCUCGGGAAAGAGCCUGUUGCUAUUCAAAUGCAGAGAAUCACUCCAGGAACCCAGCAGGGCCGACCCGGGGGAAGCUGAAGACACAAAGUGACUAAAAUUGGCACCACUGCUCAACCAAGUCUCCAGCAACUCUGGACCAUUCUGCCUGCAGCAUCCAGCCAAAAGCUGGUCAGCAAAGUGACUGUCAGCAGUUCAGAUGUCUUGGGUACAGAAUAAAACAGUACCAAACCUCUGCUUCCUUGAAAGUC